UAGACAAAAGUAGCUGAAGAAACUGAGAAUUUUUUUCUCCUGGACGAAGAAAAUACUGAGAUUUUCCAAGAAUUGAAGUUGAAGUGGUGUGAUGUGAGGAAAAAAAUUGAGAAUGAGAGAGUGAGUUGCUGCCCUUGUUAUCAGAUUGCCGGUAUGAUUCUUUCUUGGUAUUAAAAAAAAUGGUUACAUUGGUGUGCUGCGAUCUCCAAAUUCACAUUCGUAUCAUGUUCUUCACUAUGCACUUGGCUUUUAAACAUACCAUAGCAUAAGCUAUGGGAACAAGGUUUUAGGGGCAUCCCUUCACGAAUUAAAAGCUUCAUCGCUAAGACCCAAUUUUUGGGGUCACCGGCUCUGCAUUUGCGAUAUUUCUUGAUGCGAUUGCUUGCCAAUUAGUUGGCAUUAAUCAUAAGAAUCUCUGCAAUUUGGUUGUUUGCAUUUUCAGGUUUAGAUAAUUCUAUCACGUAUCCUGGUGGAACAGAGUUGAUAGUUAAGCAUGACAAAGGGCAAGAAGAUAACAGUAAAUGUAGAUGGUGGUGUAGAUGAUUGUUGGCGAUGGUUAGUUCAGAAAGGACCUGCAGCUGUAUUCAUUACUGUGGCAGUGUUUGCACUUUUGGUUCGUGCAGCUGUGUCACUCCAUCCUUACUCUGGUGCUGGACACCCUCCAAAGUUUGGGGACUAUGAGGCACAGAGGCAUUGGAUGGAGAUUACCCUUAACCUUCCAGUUAGGGAGUGGUAUCGCAAUAGCACCACCAAUGAUUUGAGCUACUGGGGACUUGACUACCCACCGCUUACUGCCUACCAAAGUUUCAUCCAUGGUCUCUUUCUCAGGUUCUUCCACCCUGAUUCAGUUUCUCUUUUCAGUUCAAGAGGUCAUGAAUCCUAUCUUGGAAAACUACUCAUGAGGUGGACAGUUUUAUCUUCUGAUGCCCUUAUAUUCUUCCCAGCUGUCAUAUACUUCAUCAUUGUUAAUUACAAUCAACAUCCAAGAAGCCAUAAAAGUAACAAUGGAUGGCACACAGCGAUGCUUUUACUAAAUCCAUGUUUGAUCUUAAUUGAUCAUGGUCAUUUUCAGUACAACUGCAUUAGCCUGGGCCUCAGUACUGGAGCUGUUGCUGCUAUCCUCUCUGGACAAGAUCUUUUUGCGUGUGUUCUGUAUUGUCUAGCCAUAAAUCAUAAACAGAUGAGUAUAUACCUCGCACCUGCUUUUUUCAGCCAUCUGCUGGGUAAAUGCCUGAGGCGUAAAUAUCCACUCUUAGAGGUGUUAAAACUGGGACUGGUCGUUUUAGGAACCUUUGCAGCAGUGUGGUGGCCAUAUCUUUAUUCAAUGGAAUCCAUUUUGGAGGUUCUUUCUCGUCUUGCUCCUUUUGAGAGGGGGAUAUAUGAGGAUUAUGUUGCCAAUUUUUGGUGCGCCUCUUCAAUUCUUAUCAAGUGGAAGAAAUUGUUUACAACACAAUCACUGAAACUUCUCAGCUUAACGGCAACAGUUUUAACAUGUCUUCCUUCAAUGACUCAACAAAUAAAAUCUCCUAGCAACAAAGGCUUCCUUUAUGGGCUACUAAAUAGUUCAAUUUCAUUUUACCUAUUCUCUUUCCAAGUGCAUGAGAAGUCCAUUUUGCUGCCCCUUCUGCCUGCAAGCCUGCUUGCUGUGGAAGAGCCUUUUCUGUUUAGGUGGUUCAUGCAAUUUGCCAUGCUCUCCAUGUUUCCUCUAAUAUGCCGCGACGAACUGAUUCCAGCAUAUUUGGCUUCAUUUGCAUUAUUUAUCCUGAUAUUCUAUGCACCAGGUCAACACAGAAAUGAAGAGAGCAAUUACUAUUUCAGCACAAGAAUCAUGCGUCUGAUCUUAUGUGUUCUUUCCUUUAUUCUUCACAUUGUUUACUUGGUCAUGCGUCCUCCAGAGAAGUAUCCUUACCUCUUUGAAGCGCUAAUUAUGAAUCUCUGCUUCUCUCAGUUUGUGCUUGUUGCACUCUGUACAAAUUUAAAGCAGUGGGUGCUGGAUAAACAUGUCAAAUUGGAACAAACAGAAAAGACAAAGAAACUCAAUUGAUAUUUAACUUCUGCUGUUUUAAUUCGUAUCUUUCCCUGUUGGAUAGCUGGACUCAGAGAUCACACGUUUUUAUGCAUAUCAGCUAUGGCUUAUAACCCUGUUCUGUAAUUUUCACUUAAUUCUUAUUCACAUGUGCUUUUGUAUUCAGAUAUUUGAAUGUUCAACUAAUGUCCUCUCAUUGAUGGAAUAUAUAUAUUUAGGUUUUAUUUGGACUU